CUAAGGUCCAACGGUUCACGGGUGGUGGUUUUUCUUAUCAGAUCUUGCAGAUGCAACAGCCGUCCGUCCGAUACCACCCGAGCCUCAAAAGUUGCUUGAGAAAACAAUUCUACAAACCUCAUUCUCACAACCCCCCACCCCCCCUUUUUCCCCCUUUGCGCCAGUAUCUUAAAUCUACCUUUAGGAGCUAAACAAAUAAAUACCUAUAUUUUGCUCCUUUUAAUCCUACAUAAUGCUAAGCAUCCGAGCGGUAGCCGCACCUUUGCGGCGCCAAUGCCUGGCCACUGCUCCUCGAGCCGCCGCAACUCUAUCUUUCCAGAACCGAAGAUUUUACUCCGACAAGGUCGCUAAGUUUACUGGUGUAAAGGGUGCUGAUGGUCGCUACCCCGUCAGCAUUAUCGAGGGUGAUGGUAUUGGACCUGAGAUUUCGCAAGCCGUCAAGGACAUUUUCGAGGCUGCUAAGACACCUAUCAGCUGGGAACCAGUCGACGUCACACCUAAACUAGUAGACGGAAAGACCACCAUCCCUGCCGAGACAAUCGAGAGCAUCCAAAGAAACAAGGUUGCCCUCAAGGGUCCUCUUGCUACACCCGUUGGCAAGGGACACGUCUCGCUUAACCUUACUCUCCGACGAACAUUUAAUCUAUUCGCGAACUUGCGACCCUGCCGAUCCAUCGCCGGCUACAGGACGGCAUACGAUAAUGUUGAUACCGUCCUGAUCCGAGAAAACACCGAGGGUGAAUACUCUGGUAUCGAGCACGUUGUUGUUGACGGUGUUGUCCAGAGCAUCAAGCUCAUUACCCGCGAGGCCAGUGAGCGCGUCCUCCGAUUCGCCUUCCAGCACGCCGAAGAGAUUGGCCGAAAGAAGGUCCGCGUCGUACACAAGGCCACGAUCAUGAAGAUGUCCGACGGUCUUUUCCUUAAGACCGCCCGUGAGGUUGCUGAGGACUUCCCCAAUAUCGAGUUCGAUGCUGAGUUGCUAGACAACACUUGCCUGAAGAUGGUUACCGACCCCCUACCGUACAAUGACAAGGUUCUUGUCAUGCCCAACCUGUACGGUGAUAUUCUGUCUGAUAUGUGCGCUGGUCUUAUCGGCGGUUUGGGUUUGACGCCCUCGGGUAACAUCGGUGAUGAGUGCUCCAUCUUCGAGGCCGUGCACGGGUCUGCCCCGGAUAUCGCUGGCAAAGGUCUAGCCAACCCCACCGCCCUUCUUCUCAGCUCCAUGAUGAUGUUGAGACAUAUGGGCUUGACCGAGUAUGCCAAUAGAAUUGAGAAGGCUACAUUCGAUACCCUGGCGGAAGGAAAGUCGCUCACCGGCGACCUGGGCGGAAAGGCGAAGACUCACGAGUACGCGGCGGCUAUCAUUUCCAAGUUGUAGAUACCUCAUUCAUCAUGGUCCAUCAUCCAUACCUACCUACAUAGUGGCGUCUGUUAGAAGGAGAUAUAUCACGGUUGCGCUGUAGAGUUGUAUAACAAUGGGGAAACGAUUUUUGCAUGAUUCACGUCGAGUCGAGUCCGAAUGCCGGUUAGGCAAGUUGAGAAUUUGUGAUGAAGCCGGGCCACCUAAAAAAACAACAAAAAAACAAACAAAACAACCCUUCUCCUAGUUUCCCGAAUCUCGUGAUUUAGAUGGAGAUGGUAAUAGGAAUACAAUCUACCUAAACAAACGAAGGAAAUUCACCUCCAAGACUACCUAGGUACCUAAUGUUAUCGUACUAAAUUAGCAAAAUUCAUAUGAUUUAAUAGGAGCCGUAGUAUCCAGAACCAUAUCGCUUUUAGCUGUAUAUUUUGAUUGCA